GAGAGACCAUGUCUAUGAUUGGUCCCUCCGUGACAAGGAUUUAAUUUUGAAUUUUUCUUUAUGGCGUGGGAGAGGCCACUGCCCGGACUCCAUCUAAUCCCCAGGCUCUUAGACUAAAAUCAUGCCCAAGUUCAAACAACGAAGAAGAAAGCUCAAAGCCAAAGCCAAAAGAUUAUUAAAAAAAAAAGAAGCCUCUCACUUACAAUGCAAGCUAAUUACACCUCCUCCUCCACCACCCUCACCUGAAAGAGUGAUUAUUUCUUCAACAGAUAUAUCCUAUAGCAGAAACUGGCUAAGAUCAUCCUGGAACUUCAAUUUUCCCAACAUCAAAGAUAGAAUAAAACUUUGGACAAAUAGAGUAUGGUCUAUAUACACCUGGUGCCAGAGCUUCAUAGCCCAGAGUUUAGAAGUAUUGAAAGACACCAUCUUUCCAUCCCGUAUCUGCCACCGAGAACUUCAGGGACUAAAACAACAGUUCUGCAUUUUGGAAAGUGAAUUAUGCAAGCUCCAGGAAGCACUGAAGGCCAGCUCAGAAAGUUCUUUGUGUCCAAGCUGUGGUCAAACGUGUCACAUGAGUAGUAAACUUACAACUGUGCCUACCUGUGCUCUAACCACUUCGGGAGAAUCCGGAACUGGAGCUGUACUUCCUCCCACACUGCCACAGGCAGCCAGCCAUCUUCCUCCUCCUCCACCUCCACCACCGCCCCCUCCACCUCCUCCUCUGCCUCCUCCCCCACCACCACUAGCACCUUUGCUGCUCAGAAAAUCCCACCUCACUAGAGCACUUCAGACUAGACCAUUAAAAAAAGAUGGACCCAUGCAGAUAACAGUUAAAGAUCUACUCAAUGUGAAAUUAAAGAAGACACAGAGUUUUGAUGAAAGGAGGAAGCUUGUACCAUCACCGAAGGCACGGAAUCCACUAGUUACUGUCUCUGACCUGCAGCGUGUUACCCUGAAACCUAACUCCAAAGUGUUAUCAACUCGAGUUACAAAUGUCUUAAUUACUCCUAGUAAAAGCCAGAUAGAUCUGCGCAAACUGCUUAGAAAAGUCGACGUAGAGAGGAGCCCAGGUGGUACCCCCCUUACCAAUAAAGAAAAUAUGGACACAGGAACUGGACUUACCCCAGUAAUGACCAGGGCCUUGAGGAGAAAGUUUCAGCUGGCUCACCCUAGAAGCCCAACUCAAGCUCUACCACAUUCUACAAGCAGCUUUGAUGAACAAAACUGAUGCCAACUCUGCCUAACUCCAUGUGAUGAUCCAUAAAAUAUACCAAGCCAGGCAUGGUGGUGGGAUCCUGUAAUCCCAGCUACUUGGGAGGCUGAGGCAGGAGGAUUCAGCCCAGGAGUUCCAGGCCAGCUUGGGCAACAUAGUGAGAUCCCAUCCCUAAAA